CUUUUGAUUCCUGGCUGAAUUAUCUACAGGGCCUGAGUUUGGAGGGAGAAAAAUGAGGCAUUUCACAGGUUACCUUCCUAUUUAUCCAAACCUGGCUGUGCAUAUCAGACAUGGUCUGAUCCACAAUAGUCAGUGGUGCCCAGUAACCCAGCCGUGGGUCCCCAUUUUGGCAUUUACAGAUGAGCCUCCAUUCCCAAAGGCAAUGUGUUUUUGUGGCUCUUUGCUCACCUUUGUGCUUUCCAUCUCACCCACAGGCCAUAACAUGCAGCUGCUUCAUCCCUGUGUGUUUUGGAGUUUUACCUCCUGUAUACCAUGGGGUGCGUUACAUUGAUGGGGAACUUGCCAUGUGGAAAGCCAGCUUUGUGUCCCGGACCAUGAUCACUGUGUCUGCUUUUGCCGGCGAAUACGACAUCUGUCCCAAAGAUUGCCCAGCUGCCUUCUUCAAUUUCCAAGUCUCUGAUUGUAUUUUACAGAUAUCAAAGAGAAACAUCUGCCGCCUCCAGUAUGUUUUUCAGCGUCCCUCAGAUCAAGUUCUGGAGCAGUUUUAUACCCAUGGCUACCAGGACACAGUCUCCUUCUUAAAAAAACUGAGUGAUUUUGGUAUAAAUUACCUUGAUGAGGACUUUAUGCUUUCAUUGGCCAACGUAUCACAUCAUAAAGAUGAAGAGACCGUGUACUGGAAGCCAGAAACAAGACUACUUUGCUCCAGAGCCACAGACACUGAGGUCACUGAAGAGAAUCAAGGGACCAUCAGGGCAGCAGAUGAAGCCCCACACCAUCUUCUCCACUGUCAGAGAGAUGCAAAUCCAGAGGGAUCCACAUGUGUGCCUACCUCCACUGGCAGGAGAAUCGGGCCUCCGAGGGCAUAUGAAGCUCAGGAAUAGGUAAUUGGUAAAAUAACUUCAGGGAACUGGACAGAAAUUAGUUCCUGCCCAGUGUGAUGCUCCCUAAGGCUUCUCCCUCUCUCUGUUUUCUGUUUGAUGAAUCUCUGAAAGUUUUUGAGUGGGAGGAAAACACUUAACACAUGACAUUUCCUGGCAGAUGCCUGCCCUGUAAUCUGCAUUAAAGAGGGCUGGGGGGAAUGCUGCUGAUGUUCAGCAAGUGAAGUGGCUAGAGAAACUAAGGGUGGGCUCUACAUGCAUGCAAGUAAAGAUGCCCAGCCUCCCCUGUACAGGUCGCGGUUUGGUUGCAGAUGCAGCACUGCAGUGCUUUUCCUCAGCCAUCACGGUAAAGCCGGUCAGGCCUGGGCACAGAGACUGCAGUGGCAGCACUGGAAACAAAAUCAGCUGGUUUUCCCAGGUGAAAAAAGCCCACCCCCAAAAAUCUCUGUAAAAAAACAGCAGCUGUGCUGCUGUGUGAAAUGAGGUCCGGUGUCCCCCACCACUUCCCAGGGCAGCAGAACCGUGUGGUGUCAGAGACCCCAGGGCCUAUCCAGGACGGUUACUUGAGGGAACAGGCUGGCAGUUAGUUGAGUCCAGGUCAAUGACAGGGACAAGUAGCCCCAGGGGCGUUUGAUGCUGAAGAGCUUUUUCAUAGCAGAGGAAUUGUGUAGUUGCCUUCAGUAUGAAAUCAUUCUGUGCAAGUCUCUUCGUCAGCUGCACAUGAAGUAACUUGCAAGCAGAUUUUGGGGAGGUAUGGCUUAAAAGCUGUCUGUGUGACAAAUUAAAUGCCUUGAAUCCUUGAGAGUUUAGUGCCAAGACACCUCUCAGGAUCUUGGUGAAUGUGCCUGAUGCCUGCUAGAGCAGAGCCCAGCAGAUAAAUGGACCAAGAAUAUGUUGCUAUAGGAUAGCAGCACUAAGCUAGUUCAUAGCUUCUUUCAGAUGUCACUGAAUAAAUAAUAUCACGGGGACAAAAAUUAGCUACUUUUAAUGUGGGUGUCUUGAAUUUGGAAUUUUUAGCCACUCUCAGCAUCAGUAAACCAUGGAUGAGGCCCCCGGGGAUUUCCCGGCUCUGUGCCCUGCCCUCCCUCCACUGAGGGUUUGCAUCCCC